AUGAGUACAGCUUAAAAUUUAGUAUAAAAUGCAUAUUGGGGAGUUUCAUCUUUUAAUUUAUAUGUAGCUAAAUGUUCAGUAGGUUGUGAAGUUUGCACUGGGGAUAUAACAUCUUAAUGUAUUAAAUGCGUUAAAAAAUUUGGAUUAUAAAAAAGUAAAUGUAUACCUGGUAGAUAAUUUUCUAUAUCAUUAAGCACCUCCAUUAGAAUGUUCUUAUGUUAGAAUAAAUCAAGUUGUUGGUUUAAUAGUUAAUUUAAUAAAUCCAUUCUAAUUAAAAAUUGUUGAAUUAGAUUUAAUUAUGAAUGAAAUUGGCUCAAAGUAAUUAUUUGUAGAUGAUAUUAUUUCCUCUAUUUCAUUAUAAAUUUAGGUUUAAUGUUAAGAAUAAAAGGUAAUUUCUAGUUAUUUCAGAACUUGUGAUGGAUGUGAAUCAGAACAAUUUUCAUUUUAUAAUUUAUGUCUUAAUUAAAGUAAUAUCAUAGUCUAUAAUACAAUAUUUUUAUAAAUCCUUGAAUCUGAAAAAGAAUUAUUAAUUACUAUGUCUUAAUAAAAAAUAGAAAUUAUUUAAAUAUCAAUAAUUAAUGAUGUUGAAACAGAAAUUUUAAUAUUGAAAAUUGAAAUAUGA